AUGAUAAGUCAUACGAAUAAUAAAGUAUCCGAAGUCCAUGGAGUGUUGGGUGCUCCGGCCUUACUUGUUAUUGAUCAUUCGGUUCGCAACUGCAUUAAAACUUUCGGGAGCAUUUUCAACUGCCGUAAAUACCUGAAAAUGUAG